AGGCUGAGGCCGGAGAAUCGCUUGAAUUUGGGAGGAGGAGGUUGCAGUGAGCCGAGAUCGCACAAAAAAAAACCGCAAUGCUGGUUAAAUACAACAUGGAGGGACAUCCAUUCAUUGAGAUAACAUGGUACUCUGAAUAGGAAUGAGGAAACUCUAUCAUCUGGCAUGGAAAAAAUCUCCAAGACAUAUUAAAUGAAAAAAGAAAGGGUCAGAAUAGUGUGUAUAAUGGGCUACCUAAAAAAAAAGGAAGAUGACAAGAACGUAUGAGUUUUCCUAUUUGCAUGACGGAGGUCUAGAAGGAGCCUAGAGACGGGCUACCUGUUGCAAUGGGGAAGGUUGUAAGAUAGACAGACACAGGAGUGGGUGGGAGCCUCUCCAUAUGGAUUUUUAUAUUGUUUUAUUCUUUAUGUGAUUGAAUUACCAGUUCAAAGAAAAAUGUAAGAAAAACUAAACCUUUGCCUUUACCAUGUCGCAAACACAAGCAGAACUGUAGCAACGUUUUGUCAUUUGUUUUAGCAUCUGGGUUCCCCAGGGCCCAGGAAUAAGAGCCACAGCUUCCUUCUAAGGCCCACUCCAGUAUGUCUUAGGAAGUUCUUUCUUAGGUCUGACUGCAUUCCCUCCUGAUGAAACAUCCAGCACUGCCUCCUUAGUGCCAUGUAGCUAUCAAUAGGUAUCCUCAACUCCCUCCAGGCCUUACUUGGUUGGCUGGGUAAGUCUAAGCCCUAUAACCCCUCCCUCUGAGACCUUGGAAUAGUUUGGAGUUGCUCAGUGAGAGGACAGGACUAUUGGGUCUGGUAACUAACCAGGAAAAGGGAGCUAGGAAAUGAAGAAAAGAGAGCUUGACUGCUCUCCUGGCCCUCUCCUGUGUGCUUCCAUAUCCUCUUAUGUCUGAAUACACACAUAACAUCUCUGAAUCUCCCUCCUACUCCCUGUCUUGUCCUUCAUGGCCUCAUCCUCUCCCCAGUCUCACAGGUGAGUGCCCACGCCUGCUGUCACCAUGACAACCAUUCACAGCCAGCAGAUGCUGCAGGAGCACGUGUCCAUGGAGUUCUCCAGCUCCACCACCCACGUGCAGACCUUCUCCCAGACAACCAAGAUCGUGGGAGAGGAGGUCGUGACGAGGAAGUCCUCGAGCACGGUGGAGUUCUUCAGCUUGGUGACCCGGAGCUCCAACAUCCCUGCGGGCGACAGCGUCCCAGAGUUCGUGGAGAAGCCUCACCCGGUCACUGCGCCCGAGGGGGACAAAGCCGUGUUCCGAGCCCGGGUGCAGGGGAACCCCAAACCCUGCAUCUCCUGGAAGAGGGAGAGCGGCAUCCCCAUCAAGGAGUCCGCCAAGAUAUUCUACGACAGCAUUAACAAGGAACACGUGCUGAAGCUGGAGCCACUGACCUCAGAUGACUCUGACAACUACAAGUGUAUUGCAAGCAAUGACCAUGCAGAUGCCAUCUAUACUGUAUCUCUGCUGGUAACAGAAGGUCAAGAGAAAAUGGACUUCAAAAAGAUGCUGAAGAAGCGGGCACCCCCUGCUCCCAAGAAGAAGCAGAAGAAGGUGGCAAAUGAGAAAGAGAUGCUGGAGAUUUUGUCCAAAGUGCCCAAGAAAGACUUUGAGAAGGUCUGCAUGGAGUACGGUUUCACCGACUUUCGGGGGCUGCUCAGGAAGCUCAAAGAGAUGAAGAAGAAAGUAGAGGUGGAGGCCAUCCGGAUUCUGAAGCCCCUGGAAGACAAAGAGACAAAGGUUGACACCACAGUGGUCUUUGACUGCAUAAUGGAGCUGAAAGACCCCAAUGUCAAGAUGAUAUGGAUCAAGGGUACUGAGCCACUGAGGAUCCAGUACUCCCUGGGCAAGUACGAUGUGAAGCAGAUGGGCACCAAGUACAUGCUGGUUAUUAGCAACGUGAACAUGAACGAUGCUGGCAUCUACAGCCUGUCCGUGGGCGAUAAGCGGAUGAGUGCAGAGCUCACAGUGCUGGAUGAGCCACUGAAGUUCCUGGGAGAGAUGAAGCCUCUGAAAGUGACAGAGCGCCAGACAGCUGUGUUUGAGGUCCGCCUCUCCAAGAAAGAGCCCAACUUUGUGUGGAAGUUCAAUGGGAAGGAGCUGAAGAGGGAUGACAAGUAUGAAAUCACAGUGUCCGAAGAUGGUCUGACCCAUACGCUUAAGAUUAAGGAUGCCAGACUCAGUGACAGCAGCGAGUUCUCUGCUGAGGCGGGGAACCUGGUGCAAAAGGCCCAGCUCACUAUUGACCGCAUCCCCAUUAAAUUUGAGAGCAACCUCAAAAAUGUACGUGUGAAAGAGAGGAGCCGUGCAUGCCUGGAGUGUGAACUGACAUCCAAGGAUGUGACACUGCGCUGGAAGAAGGAUGGGCAGCUGCUGAUGCAUGGCACUAAGUACAGCAUGAACCACGAGGGCAAGCGAGCAGAGCUGGUCAUUGAGGAUGCACAGCUCAGUGAUGGUGGCGAGUACACCGUGGUGGCCAUGCAGGAUGGAGACCCUACUGAAUACUACAGUACUGCCAUCGUCACUGUAGAGGAGCGUCUGGCCACAGUGAAGAGCGGGAUGUCCGACGUGCACGCAGCCACUGGGAGCCCGGCUGAGUUGUGUGUAGUGCUGAACGACGAGAAGGUGGAGGGUGUGUGGCUGAAGGAUGGCAAGGAGAUCACAGACUUGCCAGGCGUGCAGAUUGUGAAGCAGGGUGCAGUGCACAAGCUCAUCUUCCCCAGUAUGGGCCCUGAGCACGAGGGCAAGUACACAUUCCGGGCCAAGGGCGCGGAGAGUGAAGCCUCUGUAUUCAUCGCAGAUCCUCCUACCAUCGACCCGUCAGUACUGGAGGCACUGGCCGCACACCCCAUCACCGUAAAGGUAGGCCACACGGCCCACAUCAACGUCCCCUUCCGGGGAAAACCGCUGCCCAAAGUGACAUGGUACAAGGAUGGCAUGGAGGUGACGGAGGAGGAACGCGUGUCCCUGCAGCGUGGGGAAGACCAGGCGCUGCUCACCAUCUCCAACUGUGUGCGUGAAGACAGUGGCCUCGUCCUGCUUAAGCUCAAGAAUGACCACGGCUCAGCCACAGCCACUCUGCACCUUAGUGUGCUGGACCGUCCGAAGCCUCCACAGGGCCGGGUGGAGUUCCUGGAGCUCUCAGGUAGUUGUGUGCACAUGAAGUGGAAGGCCCCAAAGGACAAUGGUGGACGACCUGUGACACAGUUCAUAGUGGAACGGAGGGCAGUUGGCAAGAAGUCCUGGAUUAAGAUAGGCGAGGUGGAUGGCAAAGUCACCAACUUCUCCACCAACAAGGUGGAAGAGGGAAAAGCCUACCAGUUCCGUAUCCUGGCAGUCAAUUCAGAAGGUGUGAGUGACCCACUGGAGACGGAAGAAGUGUUUGCAGGAAAUCCCAUAGAGCCUCCUGGUUUUGCCUCCCAGCCUCAAGUGACUGAUGUGACUAAAGAGACUGUGACCAUCACGUGGAAUGUCCCUACCCAGGAUGGGGGAGCCCCAGUGCUUGGCUACAUUGUAGAACGAAGGAAGAAAGGCAGUAACCUGUGGGUGCCAGUCAACAGGGACCCCAUCCAGGGCACCAAGUGCACUGUGAAUGGUCUCCUGGAGGAUACAGAAUAUGAAUUCCGAGUUAUAGCUGUAAAUAAGGCAGGCCCUGGACAGCCCAGUGUGCCAUCCAGCUCAGUAGUGGUCAAGGAUCCUGUUAAACCCCCAGGCCUGGUCCAGGACCUGCAUGUAUCUGAUUCCUCCAACUCCAGCAUUUCCCUGGCCUGGCGGGAGCCUGCAGAGGGAGACCCACCCUCUGGCUACAUCCUUGAGAUGAGGACUGAAGACACAAAGGAGUGGUCCAAGUGCACAAAGAUCCCCAUCUCAGGCACCUGCUACACAGUGGGAGGACUCACCGAGAGGCAAAAAUACUUCUUCCGAAUCCGGGCUGUGAAUGAGGCUGGGGUUGGGGAGCCUGUGGAGCUAGACAAGGGGGUCCGUGCCAUGCCACCACCAGCUGCACCCAAGUUUGACCUCAGUGCCCGGCUGAAGAGUCACAUGGUGGUUCGCACUGGGACAGCCCUCUGCAUCCAUGCAGCCUUCUCCGGCUCACCACCACCUGACGUGAUCUGGCAGAAAGAUGGUGUUCCCACCAAGGGCCGAGAAACAAUUACCAAGAGCAAAAACCACUCCCAGUUCCUCAUCAAUAGCGCCAAGCGCUCUGACUCAGGGGUGUACCGAAUCUUGCUUCAGAAUGAGUUUGGAGAAGCACACUAUGAUAUCCAUGUGCGCGUAGCAGAUUUCCCUCGGCCCCCCACAAACCUACGGUUGUUUGAGGAAGUCCCCAACACAGUGACUCUGACCUGGAACCACAGCCCAGAUGUGCAGGAGGACGGUGAGGCUCACUAUGUCAUCAUGAAGCGGGAUGCAAGCACCGCCACCUGGUACACGGCAGCCGAGCGUGUCUUCAGCAACAAGUACACAGUGACCGGGCUGCUCCCAGGCAGGAAGUAUUACUUCAGAGUGGUGGCUCGGAAUGAAAUCGGUGACAGUGAGCCACUUGACUCCAAGGACACCUGGCUCAUCAAUAAAGACCAGAUCGAAGACCUGAGUGCCAAGCUCAAGCCCUACGAGAAGAAGGACUGGCGCCAGGCACCGCGCUUCCUGACGCCCCUCAAGCCACACACGGUGCUCCGCGGCCAGGACUGCACAAUGACCUGCGCCUUCCUUGGGAACCCGCGACCCACAGUGACCCUUUACAAGGGCGACGUCAACAUAACAGCCAACUCGAAGUUCUGGUACAACUCCACCAGCGGCGUGUGCACCCUCGUCAUCCCCACCUGCACGCUCAAGGACAGCGGCGAUUACAGCGUGCUGGUGGAGAACGAGCUGGGCAAGGACUACAGCAGUUGCAUGCUCACCGUCUAUGACAAAGAUGAUAAGUCAAUUGUAGCAUCCAUCACCGAGAGUCUGCAGAAGAAAUCAAAGCACCUUAUGUGAGCUCCAGCCCAGUCCAGGCAUCAGGAGGCUGUUACGAUGUGGAGCUUCUUGGCCGGUCCUCUGCAUGGCCUGGUGUAGGAAGCCCAGUUUGCUCUCUGGUGUUUGUCAAUGUAAACAUUCAGUGAAGGGAUGGGGCAAUAAACUAAAUUCAUCCUUUCCUGUU